AUGGCCGAGUCGAAUUUCAAAACGAAGACGAUGAAGAGGAAGAAUGUAAAGGGUUUGGCGUUGAGUGCUCCGCCACCCAAGGCUGCUGCUCCCUCUGCAGGCGAUUCUCAGAUACCCGGGGCUCUAGGACACGAUGAGGGACGAGCGGAUACGUUGGAGAUUGGUGUGGAAUUUCAACUGGACCUCAAAGCCGAAGAUCUGAUAGUCCUGCGCGAGCUGGGGUCGGGUAAUGGUGGUACCGUAAGCAAGGUGCAGCAUGCUGCUACCAAGGUCAUAAUGGCGCGGAAGAUCAUACAUGUGGAAGCAAAGAACGAAGUGCGGAAGCGCAUUGUACGAGAACUUCGAAUCAUGCACGACUGCAACGACGAACGCAUCGUCGACUUUUACGGCGCAUUCCAGAACGAUACCGGCGAUGUCAUAAUGUGUAUGGAAUAUAUGGACGUAGGUUCUUUGGACUGGGUAUCAAAGACGUUUGGCCCUGUCCGUGUCGAUGUGCUUGGAAAGAUCGCUGAAGCCGUUCUUGGAGGCUUGAGCUACUUGUAUUCAGCCCACCGCAUCAUGCACCGAGAUCUCAAACCUUCGAAUAUCUUGGUGAAUUCCAAAGGACAGAUCAAGCUUUGCGAUUUUGGCGUGUCGAGUGAGUUGGAGGGAUCUAUUGCGGAGACCUUUGUCGGGACAGGAACAUAUAUGGCGCCCGAGCGGAUACAGGGGUCCCCGUAUACAGUGAAGUCGGAUGUAUGGAGUGUUGGGCUAACCCUCAUGGAACUUGCGAUUGGUAAAUUCCCCUUUGCGGGAGGCGACAGCGAUGCGGACGAUGCUGGUGGACCACAAGGCAUUCUGGACCUCCUGCAGCAGAUUGUUCUGGAACCGUCACCGAAGCUGCCCAAGAGCGAUGCUUUCCCCUUGAUUCUCGAGGAGAUGAUUGCAAAGUGUCUAUUGAAGGAUCCGGCGGAACGACCGACUCCCAAAGAGCUCUACGACCACGACGCUUUCCUCCAAGCCGCAAAGCGAACGCCAGUCGACCUGGAAGCGUGGGCGAUCAGCAUGAUAGAGCACAACAAGCGCAAAUCCUACCUCGCACCUGCCGCACCCUCCUCGGCCGCCGUCCGCGAGAAACUUCGCGAGCGGUCACCCCCUUCUAGCCGCAACACACCGACGACCUCCGAACCCAACGGGACCGCUUCAGCACCACCUCGCCCACCGUAUCCUGUGCGAACGUCGAGUUCCGCCGCGUCCCAAAAUCCCCUAUCCCUCCCCAUCCGACCCGCCCCACCGCCCAAUGCUCCGUCGCCGCAAUCAAGAGCUCCGCCGAAUGGUGGCUUGCCGCCUGCACCGAGGAGGUGA